AAAUAAUGCCUUUAUGACCGUCAAUGCCAAUCAAAAACGGAAAACGUAAUGUGAACGUUCAAAAACCUGAAUUCAAAAAUGAAAUUAUUAUUUCACAUCAUCAUCUACACCAUAAUCAUCAGAGCGUUAUACGCAAAUGUUGAAAAGCAGAUCUUGAAUAUAGGUGCUAUAUUCUUUAAAGAUGAAACUGAUUUGGAGGCGGCAUUCGAUACGGCCGUUCAGGAUAUAAAUUACCUGAAUCAGGAAUACCAAUUGGAAUUUAAUCCCAUCAAACAUUAUCUAAGUGAAGAUGACAGUGUCAUCUUGCAAGAAAUAGCUUGUGAUUUGCUGCAAAAUAGUGUUGCCGCCAUUAUUGGCCCAAGUUCGGCGACAAAAAGUGACAUCGUCAAUGUUUUGUGCAAUAUGACGGGGAUACCCCAUCUACAGUUCGAUUGGCAUGGUGAAGAAACGGAUGCGGUGCUAAGCAAAUAUUUGUACACCAUCAAUGUGGCGCCAUCGGUUCAUGUCUUGUCUCAGGCCCUAAUGGAUAUUGUACAAAAUGAACCCCUGAAUUGGAAGACAUUCACAAUAGCCUAUGAAACAUCAUCGGAUUUAUCUCGCAUGCAACACCUGUUGGCAUGGAAGCAAUUUCAUAAAACGGGCAUUAAGUUGAUACCAUUUCAUCGAGAUGAUGAUUAUCGUGUUCUCUGGAAAGUUAUUAAAAAUUCUCGUGAGAGAAAUGUGCUCAUCGAUUGCCCAUCGGAUAUAAUUGUGGAAUUGAUGAGGGAGUCGAUUAAUUUCAAUAUGACGACAUCAUUUAAUAGCUUUUUCCUCACUAAUUUGGAUACUCAUACCAGUGGCAUAGAUAAACUAUUAUCCGAUAUAUUUCUAUCAAAUGUUACCAGCGUAAGACUGCGCUCCUAUAUACCACCGCCAGUGCACAGUGAAACAGAUGUCUUUGAUCCGGGAGAGAAAGACAGUGUACAGACAUUGAAUCAACAAAAUAUCUACGAUGCUUUAGUGCUGCUAUACAAUGCCCUACAGCAGACUUUUCAGCCUGAUCCCAUACCAGUACCAGAGGUCUCAUGUGAGGGUGGUUUUUGGGAAUCGGGUAAUGAUUUGAUAGAUAAAAUGAAAAAGUUGGAUCAAAAACAUCUGGAGCCGCAUUAUAAAACCCAAAAACUCACAGUCAACUCUUUUGGCAUACGCGAUGAUUUUAAUUUGGAGAUAUACGAUGUUAUGGUCGACGACACUCUCAAUGUCUGGAACAAACAGCAUGGUUUGGUGGUCUAUGAUAAUCUUAUAUCGAAUUUUACCCGCAAAGUCUUUAAGCCCAAAAAGAAAGGCGAUCAUGUUGACUAUCAAAAGAAGAAAAUUAAAUACACCGUGGCAACUAGAAUUGGAGAACCCUAUUUUAUGAUACGUGAAGAACCCGAAGGUGUGCACUUUGAGGGCAAUGAUCGUUUUAAGGGUUAUGUUGUGGACUUACUGUUCGAGUUGGCCAAGAAUUUACAUUUCGAUUUUGUCUUCGAACCAGUGCCGGAUAAUAAAUAUGGAGCUUAUGACCCGAAUACCAAUGAAUGGGAUGGCAUUGUAAGGCAGCUGAUGGACAAUCAAGCCCAGAUGGGCAUCUGUGAUCUAACCAUAACCCAAGAGCGUCGCACAGUGGUUGAUUUUACAGUGCCCUUCAUGCAAUUGGGAGUGCAGAUUCUCUACUCCAAACCACCACCACCGAAAAAGGAGCUUUUUCAGUUUCUGGAACCCUUCUCAGUGGCUGUAUGGCUGUGUUUACUCAUUGCCUUAUUCUUGAUGUCCUUGGUGUAUGUGGUAUUAGCCAGAUUCACCCCAGACGAAUGGAAGACUCAGAAAGAUCCCAAUACAGUGGAACUUACCUGGACCCUAAGGAAUUCAUUUUAUUUGCAUAUAAACUCAAUUUUGCAAGUGGGAUGUGAUAUUUUGCCAACUGCUGGCCCCAUGCGUCUCUUUACCACCUUUUGGUGGAUAUUUGCUUUGUUGAUGGCCCAAACCUAUUUGGCCAAGAUGACUUCGUUCAUAACCGCCUCCAAAAUGGAUGGUACCAUACAAAAUCUUCAUGAUCUGGUGCAACAGGAUAAAAUACAAUUUGGCACUGUCAAGGGAGGUUCCACAUCACUCUUUUUCUCCCAGUCCAGUGAAACUGAUUAUCGUUUGGCUUGGAAUAAAAUGAAAUCCUUUAAACCUGAGGCUCUCACCAAAGAUAAUAAGGAAGGCGUGGAUCGGGUCAAGCAUAGCAAAGGUCGUUAUGCCUAUCUAUUGGAGACUCCCAUAUUGCAAUAUUAUGCGAAAAAGAAUUGUGACCUAAUGCCAAUAGGAGAUCCUUUUGGAGAGAAGUUUUAUGGCAUAGCAGUGCCGUUGAAUGCUCCCUAUCGUUCCGAGUUAAAUGUGGGAAUUUUAAAGCUCAGUGAGCAAGGUUUCCUAUACAAAUUAAAAAGGGAAUGGAUUUUUCACAACAACACAGUACUAUGUGAAGAUGCACCCUCAACAGAUGGUACCCAAAUGGAUAUGCAGACAUUGCGGGGUGUGUUUCUGGUUCUGCAAUUGGGCAUAGGUGUUGGCAUUAUUAUAGGCAUAGCUGAGUUCUUUUGGUAUAUCAAUAAAAUGGCAGUAAGAGAAAAGAUAUCUCCUAAAUUGGCUUUGGCCAGAGACUUUAAAUUUUUCGUAAAUUUUUGGAAACAAAUCAAGCCUUUGUCAAUUUAUAAAUGUCCUGAGGCGGGUUCCCAAUCUCGUGGCUCCCUAAUGCCUUCUACAGCAACAGAAACUAACAGUUCUGAGAAACAUAAGAGAAAAGUGAAAAGAAGGAAAAAACCUGAAAAGGAUGCCAAAGUUUGA